AAAUAAAUAAAUAAAUAAAUAAAAAUGACAGAUAUAGGAGGUAGAACUUACUUUGUUACUGGUUGUAGCCAUGGUAUAGGUUUUGAAUUGGUAGUUGAGUUAUUAAAACAAAACUAUAGAGUUGCAGCAACUUCAAGAAAUAAAAAAAGCUUAAUUGAAAAAUUAAAAGAAUAUUCCCCAAGCUUAGUAAAUGAUAGAUUCUUACCAAUAGAAAUGAAUCUUUUAUCAGAAUCCUCAAUCAAGGGUGCAAUUCAUGAAGUAAUUAAAAAAUUCGGUUCGAUAUAUUGUGUAAUUAACAAUAGUGGCUAUGGCCAAGCUGGUACUGUUGAAGAGCUUUGUGAAAAAGAAGUUAGGGAAAAUUUUGAUGUUAAUGUUUUUGGUCUAAUUAAUGUAAUCAAACAUGCUUUGCCAAACUUACGUGAGAUGCAUUACCCAGAUCCAAGAAUCAUUUGCAUUUCAUCAAUUGCUGGUUAUAAUGGCCAAUUCCCUGGUUUCCCAAUCUAUAUUGCAACAAAGUUUGCUGUUGAUGGUUUUUGUGAGAGUCUUUCAAAAGAUCUAGAAGAGUUUAAUAUUAAAGUUACCUCUGUACUUCCAGGAUAUGUUAGAACCGACUUUUUAUCCUCUAGCUCCUUGCAUGUUCCAAAACAUCCAAUACCAGAGUAUAAAGCAGUUCGUCAUGUCAUCGAAACACACACAAAAGAAAUAAAUCAAAAACAACAAGGUGAUCCUGUUCUUUGUGCUAAAGCUAUAGUUGAAGUUUCAGUAAUGCAAGAUCCUCCAUUACAUUUCUUUUUGGGUAAAGAUGCUGUUCAAUUUGCUGAAGCCAAAAUUGAAUCAAUGAAACAACAAAUAAAUAAAUUCAGAGAUCUCAGUUGUUCAACUGAUUUCAAAAACUAAAUAAAACCACAUCCAUCUAUUU